CGUAGGUGACGUCAUCUCCGAGUUCGCUUAGAGUGAAACAAACAUGGCGACAGACUGGAGUGGUUGGCAGGGGUACACGCUAACUUUAAUCAUUUUACUAUGGUGUACGGCGGGCACAGAAGCCGAGACGGGGAUCCCGGAGACCGGUAGCCCCACCCAGGUCUUCGGCAUGCGGCUGGAGAGGAGCGACAAGCCAGCUACUACCACGGACGACGGGGUGAUCCAAGUAACAGAGGAGAGCAACAUCUUCAUGAGGUUCUACGGGCUGCAGAUUCUUCCUGACACCUCGUCACAGAUCAAGUUCAUGGAACAUGAACAUGUUGAUGUUACCAGCAAUAAUGCUAAUUUUAACAGGACUUGCGCCGAAUAUACCAAAGAUAUCGUUAUUCGGGGUGGCAUGAACGUGAGCCACCUUGGAACCUCCGGGGUGGUGAGUUUGAAAAUCAAGCCGCUACGGAAGCGCGAGCUCAAGAAGGAGUAUGGGCUCUGCGUCCGGGACAGUCAAGAUGGCAAGUGGUACCUGUUGGGUGAGGAUGACGGGAGGCUGCGAGUGGUGGAGGAAAAGAAAUCUAUGCUUCCUAUGUGGUUCCAGUGCAUCCUCAUCUGCGCUCUGUUAGUACUGUCAGGUAUGUUCAGCGGGCUCAACCUGGGACUCAUGGCCCUAGAUCCUAUGGAGCUCCGGAUAGUCCAGAACUGCGGUACCGAAAAGGAGAAGAGGUACGCCAGCAAGAUCGAGCCCAUUCGGAGAAAAGGGAACUAUCUUUUAUGUUCCUUACUUCUGGGUAAUGUGCUAGUCAACACAACUCUCACCAUCCUUCUGGAUGACUUGAUAGGGUCAGGUCUGGGAGCAGUGGUCGCCUCCACUAUAGGUAUUGUCAUAUUCGGGGAGAUCGUUCCCCAGGCGCUGUGCUCUCGCCACGGACUGGCUGUAGGAGCCAACACCAUCAUGGUGACCAAGUUCUUCAUGUUGGUGACCUUCCCCCUGUCAUGGCCCAUCAGUAAACUCCUGGACUGCAUCUUGGGCCAGGAGAUCGGUACCGUGUACAACAGGGAGAAGCUGGUGGAGAUGCUGAGAGUAACGGAACCGUACAAUGACCUGGUCAAAGAGGAACUCAACAUGAUCCAGGGGGCGCUGGAGCUCAGGACCAAAACCGUUGAAGAUGUCAUGACGCCGAUCAGUAAUUCCUUCAUGAUCCACAGCGACGCUGUGCUGGACUUCAACACCAUGUCAGAGAUCAUGGAGAGCGGGUACACGCGCAUACCGGUGUUUGAGGACGAGAGGUCCAACAUUGUGGAUAUCUUGUUUGUCAAGGACCUGGCUUUCGUUGAUCCGGAUGACUGUACGACGCUGAAGACCAUCACCAAGUUCUACAACCACCCGGUUCACUUCGUGUUCCAUGACACCAAGCUGGAUUCCAUGUUAGAGGAGUUCAAGAAAGGUAAGUCCCACCUGGCCAUCGUUCAGAAGGUGAAUAAUGAGGGGGAGGGGGAUCCGUUCUACGAGGUGCUGGGAUUGGUUACUUUGGAAGACGUCAUCGAGGAGAUCAUCAAAUCAGAGAUCCUGGACGAGUCGGAUCUUUACACUGACAACAGCAGAAACAGGAAGAAGGUGGCACCCAAUAAGAACAAACGAGAUUUCUCCGCCUUCAAACAGAGCGAGAGCGAAUCCAAAGUCAAGAUCUCCCCUCAGCUGCUAUUGGCCGCUCACCGUUUCCUGGCAACAGAGGUGACGUUAUUCAGCCCGUCUCAGAUAUCGGACAAGGUUCUGUUGAGGAUUCUGAGACACCCAGACGUCAUCCAGGAAAUUAAGUUCAACGACAGUGACAAACGCUGUCCUCAACACUUUGUCUACCAGAGAGGGAAGGCUGUCGACUACUUCAUACUCAUACUGCAGGGUCGGGUGGAGGUGGAAGCCGGGAACGAGAACAUGAAGUUUGAGACGGGACCCUUCUCCUACUACGGAGUCAUGGCCCUCAGUGCUCCCACGUUAGUGGUGUCAUCUCGUCCUCGUCACCUCUCUCUAAAGCGGUUCUCUCUGUUCUCCAGGUUGCCAGAGUUCCGCUCCCCGUCACACAUCAGUGGUUUGAACAGGACAGCGUCUCUGAGCGCUGCAGAUCGGACGGAGUCGGUGUCUGUCGGCGGCAGUAACAGCCAGCUCAACACUCAGUUCACUGUCCCCUCACCGUCAUACACACCCGACUUCUACGUACGGGCUCUCUCAGACCUGCAGUUCGUCAAGAUCACACGUGCCCAGUACCAGAACGGUCUGAUGGCAUCUCGUCUGGAUUCCUCCCCCCAGUCGCCUGAUUGCGGCCACCCCCGUCUGGAGGGUACCCCGCCCCCCGUGGGCACCGCCACCCUCUUCUUCCUAGCUGACGACAACCCCACUCCGGAGAAAAGCCCCCUCCUGGCUGACGAGACCACCUCUCUCCUCAACGAGCAGAACUCUCUGCCUCACAACCACCACCACAACCCAUCAGAGAGCAGCAUAUGACACACACACUACUACACACACUUAUAUAUGUGCGUUUACACACACUACCAGGGACUGAGGAGACUGUGAGAGAGCGCGCGCACACACACACACACACACACACACACACACG